AUGUCGGAAAGGCGGAAUGUCAACGCACUCCACGUUGUGAAUAACAAUCUAAAGCAGUUUGCCAUAAGCCAGUACAACAAAGCAGGCGAGCAAACCAUUACUUGGCCUGGCCUCAGAAGUCUUGUCCUCAAAUACUGCAAGAUGUCUCCUCGCGCGACAGGUCGGCUUCUGCGAUUCUGUCCCAAUCUGCUCUCGCUGGAAUUGAGAUCAGCUUCCGGUAUCGAGCUCGAUUACGUGCAAAAUUACGGCCACUCACUCCGCGGACAUGGUCGUCGUCUACGACGUCUGGCUAUCGAUGCCGGUGAUAGCUGGCACGGCAAUGAGGAGAGACUUCGACAUCAAAUGCAAAGAGGUGCUUUGAUCAGUGGGACUGGAAGUCUGAGAGAUCUUGCUCAGCUCUUGGAUCUGGAAGCCACACCUUGGAUUUUGCUUUUUGGCCCUGAAAAUGAGCAUCAUCUUGCCAACGUCCUUCCUGGGACUCUGCAAAUGCUGACUCUCCUACCUUGCGCCACACGAGAAGUCGUGAUGGAUGUCGAGCAGGAAGUCAAUCUCCUUGAAGCGGACUUCCGAAACGUUGUCGUCGACUGCUCGGGAUCAUGGUUGACGACGUAA